UCCAGUAAUUCCUGCAGCUAUCAGUCGCCUCGAUUGUUUUUCUAACGCCAAUGUCUCUUAAUUAUCUUUGAUAAUUUACAAAAACGCGAGACCUUCAAUUAAAUAUUUCCCCGAGACUGUUUCAACUGUCCCACAGUGUUCUCUUGCAAAUUUCGAAUCACUGGAGACUCGAAUGAUGACCCUGUGACGCUCUGAAAUUAUGAAAUUGACGAAGGGAGGAAUUUACGCAAUGAAACAGUGAUGCUUCCUUCAACAGGCUACUUCAAAUCAAUAAACUGUCCAUUUUAUGACAGUGGCUCUUGUGACAGGCCCUACUGCCACUUCAAGCACGUGCGAAAAGAUGAUAUCUCCAAUCCAGCCCCCUCAAUCCUUGGAUACCACACAAAUCAUGAAUCCCAGAAGGCCGUUGAAUCAAUGGAGAGGGGUGAAAGGAACAAAGCCACCUCCCUACAAAAAGCUACAAAUCCUGAGAUGAUACAGCUAUUAGUUUCUGGUGCAAUCAACAAAGCUCUCGCUGAUCAGGGGGGCACUGAUUCAGAAACAGCCUCCAAAGGCAUGGUUCCCACAGUAGUUGAAGGUCUAACGCCAGCAUUGACACCAACUAUUGGUAAACACAGUGGUGUUCCCCAGUCAAUAACCAAACCUCCUUGUGUAUAUAAUCCAACACCUAUAUCAGAGCUGAGAAAACGACACAUCGCGGUGCCUGUUUACAAUCCGAUGAGAGAGAGCAAAGUUUCAGUGAAGAGAAAAUCCACAGAUGAUUCGACAAAACCAUGGUUCAGUGCUUUACCUGAAUCCAUUAAAAAUGAUCAAAAGAGAAUUAAUGAAAUAACUUAUAAGCCCACUGCAAUAGUUCACGAGGAUCGUGGCGAAGGACUGAAUUAUAUUCCCACAUCCAAGUCAGAUGAGGGUAAUUCGAGUGAUCACUCAAAGAGGAAGGAGGUCUACUACCCGAAGUGUAAGAAACGUCGAGAGGAGUAUGUUCCCAAGAAAGUUAAAGCUCCUCUUCAAUCUGUACAUGACGAAAUGGCCCUCGACUCUUUUGAUCCUGAGUUCAAUCUGUUGGAUGAUAUUUUCAUUGGUAACCAGAAAAGUGAAAAGAGUUACGAGAGCAGUUCACAGGAUAUAUACAGUAUUGACGGAAAAUUUUCGGACGAAGAGGGUCGCGAUGCCACUGAAAUAACUGAGACGAUGGAAGUACCAAAAACUGAAAUAACUAACACUGAAGGGACGAUUGUUACCGAUGAUCUGGGACAAGAGACAAAUAAUAAAUGCGAUCAGAAAGCAGAGCACAAUAACAUUGCUUUCACCAACAAAGCUGACGAUAUUUCUGAAGAAACAAGUCUUGCAAAUGAGCAGCGCAUGAAAUUCAAUCAUAAGGACGAGUCCAGAAGAUGUUCGAUUAGUUCGGAAUCGUCGAGACACAGUGAGACACGAAAAUCGAGGGAGCACUCAAACAAGGAAAAUUCAACGGAGAAAAAGUCCACAAGCAGUCACAAGAGCAAGAGCUCCAGUAGCGAUAAAGAUAAAAAGAGCUCACACAGUAGGAGAGACUCCAAGGAACACGAAAGAUCUCAUUCACACAGAUCAUCAUCAAGUAGGCGUACAGAUAGCAAGAGUCGUAGUAAAAGUACUUCCCACAGUUCCCGAGAUAAAUCAAAUGAAUCUAGAUCUCGUGAGGACAAAUCAUCGAUUUCCAAAGAAAAUAAUCACCACAAAUCGAGUAGACACGAUAAGAAAAAAUCUUCGAGUUCGUCACGUUCUAAAUCCAAUGAGAAAUCAUCCUCAAAGUCAUCGGGGCGACGAAGCUCGAGCUCGAGUGGCAAGUCCAAAGAAUCGAAAGGAAUUUGUAAAUCAGCGUCAAAUAACGAGAUAGAUCACUCAGAUCAUGACUCAACCACCGAAGUCUUCGAUAAUUACAUCGGUGAGGAGCUUUUGCAGUCAUCGGAUUCUGAGCACGAUGUUGAGAAGGAGUGCCUCAAGAUCUUCCAGGAGUACCAGGUCGCCGAUACACCAAAAAUUAUGACUACGAAGCAGACGAUAAAAGCUGAUGAAGUGUUUGAGGAAGUAGGUAAAAAAAGAGUCGCUCAUCCAUCAGCAGAACACUCUGUGGUUCGUAGUGCCGGACCCACUCAACCCCUGAAGAAGGCGUCCAAUCCACAGCAGACAAUGUACGAACGUUGGCGAAUGAUGAGGGAAGCUGUUGCUGAGAAAGCCUCCAAGCAGAUGAACCCUGUGAGAGAAAUAAAUGAUGAAAAAAUUGAGGUGAAGAGUACCACUUUUUGUGCUACGAAACCAACACCUUGUGAUCCUCAGGUCAAUGGUAACGGCCGUGUGAGGAUAGCACAUGUACCUUACGCAAUGUCCCUGGCACUGUCGAAAAAGAAAGUAGUUGAUGCCACAUCGAAACCAGUAGAAUCAAAGACCGUUGCGCAGACGACAAAAGGCACUCCACGUAUCGCCCACAUCCCACAAACUGUACCAACGCUGGUUCGGCCAGAGCCUUUGCAAGUGUCAACCCAGAAGUUCGCUAUAAAUGUUCGUCAGUAUUACGUUAACCUGAUGCACGAUAUCUGUGUGCAAAUAUACACCAAUGGUGAUGACGCUGCACAGCGUGCACUGCGUGAGGAGCUUGCCUGUCACGAGCGUUGUAAAGCCCUGACAGUUUACAAAAAUUCGUGUAUGCUGGCAGCUCACAGACUUAGAAAGGAAGUUGAUCAGAAUGUGCCAGAUGGAUCAGCGCCUUCUGCAAGUGGAAUGCUAUCGCACGAUGCUGUACUUGCCGGAAAAACCAAGGGUUCUUGGAGUGUUGUCAAAGUGAAGAAGGCAGUAACAGAUUUCAAAGGUUCAGCUCUGUACUGCAUGCUCAAAAAAUGGAUCAUGACUGAGAUACAGCUGCGAGAUAAUGGCUUUCCCCGGGUCCAUCCUGAGGGCCCCAAGGGCCGAGCCAAGUAUUAUUCAACAAGAACUCAGCCGUUGAUUUCGAAAGUGCCUAAUGAGAGGAUCUGCAUUCGGUGCGGGCAGACGUACAUGGUCGAUAGACGGGGCAUUUCAGUUACGGAGCAGAACUGUAUUUAUCACUGGGGUCGCAAGUUCACGGUCAGGGGGGAGGGAAGAUACAGCUGUUGCCAGCAAUAUGGCUCGGCUGGGGGCUGUGCUGAUGCUAAGAAUCAUGUCUGGGAUUAUGUUGAUUAUGAGAAUCAACGGGGAUAUGUUUCGACGUUACCUAAGGACUGUUCUGGCGAGCCAGAGGAACAAGGAGUCUAUGCUCUCGACUGCGAAAUGACCUACACUACCCAGGGGUUAGAAUUAACGAGGGUUACUGUUAUUAAUGAGGACUGUCAGGUCGUUUAUGAAACACUUGUGAAACCGGAUAAUCCAAUUAUCGAUUAUAAUACGAGAUUUUCAGGUAUAACCGAAGACAACAUGACUGGAGUCACAACAAGUUUGUUGGACGUUCAGGCUACUUUAUUGACAAUGUUUUCGGAUCACACGAUAUUAGUCGGUCACAGUCUGGAGAGCGAUUUCAAAGCGCUUAAACUUAUUCAUAACACAGUUGUCGACACAAGUACGAUGUUCCCCCAUAAAAAUGGACCACCCCAUAAGCGUGCCCUGAGAAAUUUGUGUUCCGAGUAUCUACGUAAAAUCAUUCAGAAUGAUGUCGGAGGUCAUGACAGUAACGAGGAUGCUGUCGCUUGUAUGGAACUGAUACACUGGAAAGUCAAAGAGGAAGCCAAACUUCAGUGAGUGAAGGAUUAUCCUCGAUAAAUGCUGCAAAGUCAUUCAUCAGUUCCCUUCACUAUCGAUUUAUAUUGAAAUCUUUACUAUUGUACUGUCCAUGACAUUGCCGAGUACUUCAGCAUCGACUUUUUCUCGAUAUAAUGACCCAUGGUACUCAAUAAAGUCUUCAUUUGUCAAUAUUUUCGGCGUUUUAGAUUAACUUUGUCUGCGGAAGACACAACCCUCGCAUUCUAAUUACUUCUGAUUGCUACUUAAUCGAACAGUAUCAAUCCAAUUGCACAUUAUUCAAUUCAAAAUGGAAAUGUCAGCAGUAGCUAUUAACCACGAAUAAUCGGCAAAUCAAUAGGAAUUAGAAGAACAGUUCGGAGAAUUUUGUCAAAGUUAGGUGUUCUGUUUAGUGGUUUUACAACUGGCAAUAUAAUGUAAUUAGUGUCAUCUGUUCAUUUUAAUUGCAACGUAUUUAUAUUCAAUUUGUAGUUCCGGUAAUUAGAAUGUGAGAAAGAAAAUUUCUCUAUACGAGAUCUUGCAAAUCAUUGUAUGUUAUAAGUCAUUUUGUCGAGGAUAAGCUGAGUACGGAAGUAUGCUGACAUCACUAACUCACUGUAUAAAUGUGUAAUAUACGUAAUAUAAUAAGGGAGCGGCUGAUGCGAAUACAAAAAUGCAGGAUUACUCUUGUUUAUACUUGAAUACACGAACAUUAUCAGUUUAUUUCGAAGAAUAUUGUCCACGAACUUCAGUAUACCUACAUGAUUAUCAUUCACUCGACUACUAUUUUUGUACUUCGUUGGCUAUUUAUAUUCACACUGAUUAAAUGUUAUUAGAACAAUGAAA